CCUACUUUAAUGCUAGCUAAGAUGGUGGUUUGAGCGUAAAUUGUCUCCCCUGUACUAAGAAAAGAAAGGGGCAAAACAUCUCUAUAGCCUUUUAAUCACCACAGAACAACAAAACUGCGGUUAUCUUAAGUGACCGGCUAUAGAAGAUUUGACAUUUCAGACACAUUGGCUCGCAGUCCCCGCCCAAUUCGGUGUGACUCCCUUGGAGUGGAAUCCUAAGCUAAAUACGGACAGGCCCUGUGCUCUGUGACCAGCUACAACACUCACCUACGCCACACCAUAGGAUGUCCCACAGCCCUGAACUGAAGGACGACCCCAUGGAGUGCCCCCUGUGCAUGGAGCCUCUGGAGAUUGAUGACGUCAACUUCUUCCCUUGCACAUGCGGCUAUCAGAUCUGCCGCUUUUGUUGGCAUCGCAUUCGCACAGAUGAGAACGGCCUCUGCCCUGCCUGCAGAAAGCCGUACCCAGAGGACCCCGCUGUGUACAAGCCUCUCUCACAGGAGGAGAUCCAAAGGAUAAAGAACGAAAAGAAGCAGAAACAGAACGAAAAGAAGCAGAAAGUGACAGAAAACCGAAAGCAUUUGGCCAGUGUCAGAGUAGUCCAGAGAAACCUGGUGUUUGUGGUGGGGCUCUCACAACGACUCGCCGACCCGGAGGUCCUAAAACGACCAGAGUAUUUUGGGAGGUUUGGGAAAAUCCAUAAAGUGGUCAUCAACAAUAGCACAUCCUACGCAGGUUCACAGGGGCCCAGUGCCAGCGCUUAUGUCACUUACAUCCGCUCUGAAGACGCCUUAAGAGCAAUACAGUGUGUGAACAAUGUGGUUGUUGAUGGCAGAACACUCAAGGCUUCUUUAGGCACAACAAAGUACUGCAGUUACUUCCUUAAAAGUAUGCAGUGUCCCAAACCUGAUUGUAUGUAUCUACACGAGCUGGGGGAUGAAGCAGCUAGCUUUACUAAAGAGGAAAUGCAGGCGGGUAAACAUCAAGAGUAUGAGCAGAAACUCCUCCAAGACCUCUAUAAAAUUAACCCUAGCUUUCUACAACCUCCUCCAUGUGGAACAGAGAAGUCAAAGAGUAAAUCCAACUCCACACAGAGAUCCAACAGUACCAACGGUAAAGAUGGGUGGCCGACGCUGUCAGGACACAACAAACUGGCCAACGGGCUCUCAGAGGACCGCAAGUCUCCUCCGCUGCUAGACUAUCUAGACCAGGAAGUUCUCACUUCAGAUGGGCUAGAAACGGAUCUAGUUCCUGGUCAGCAUUCAGCAUUGUCUCCCUUCUCCUCCAACUGUGACAGCAACAGUCCCAGUGACAAACCCCCUGAGUCCAUCGGCAUGGUGAAUGGAGAGACUUUACAACAGAUGCCCACCAGUGACUCCCCCUCUCCUCCCCCUGGUUUAACCAAGCCCAGCCUUGUGGUGCCCAUCAGUGUGUCAGACCUCACAGCCCGUUCACCCUUCGAGGGAGCGGCUGCUGAGUCCCAGUCGCUGUUUUCAGACAACAGUAACUUCAGACAUCCUAACCCGCUCCCUGCUGGCCUGCCCCCCUUCCCCAGCUCCCCUCGCGGCAACUCUGACUGGCCCAUGACCCCUGAACCACAGAGCCUCUUCACAUCAGACACAAUACCGGUGUCGUCUUCCACAGACUGGCAGGCGGCCUUCGGCUUCGGCUCGUCCAGCAAACAGCAGGAUGACGAUCUGGGCUUCGACCCCUUCGACGUCACUCGCAAGGCCUUGGCCGACCUGAUUGAGAAGGAGCUGUCUGUGCAGGAUCAGAGCCCCUUUUCGCCAGGGCUCCUCUCCCACGGUGGGAACAACCAUGGUCUCGGCCUGCCUCCGUUCAACCCCAACCCCGGCGCCUCGCACCACUUCCCCAGCGGCCUGCCACGCCUGCCCCCGCUCCACCACAGAGCCAUCUACAGCUCCUUCAGCUUCCCCGGCAGCCAGAACAGCCAGGCCAGUCAGCAGCAGCAGCAGCAGCAGCAGCAUCUGCAGCAGCAAGCCGCCAGACACCCCUGGAUGGGCGUCCCGACACGGAAUAACCUCACACACUUGAACCACUCAGCCAGUGCUGCCUCACACAGUAAUUUCCUGGACCUGAAUCUGCCCCCUCAGCACAACACAGGGCUGGGAGGGAUUCCCAUCUCAGAAAAUAGUGGCUCUAUAGACGGCUUAAAUGUGAAAGAGUGGCAGGACGGCCUGAGAGCUCUCUUGCCCAACAUCAAUAUCAAUUUCGGGGGCCUCCCAAACUCCUCUUCCUCGUCAUCCUCCUCGUCCUCCAACAGUGUAAACCACAUCGGUGGGCCGGUGGGGCCAGCAGGCCUCUCACACAGCCUGAGCUGGGAUGGCACAGCUAGUUGGAUGGACCCUGCUAUCAUCACAGGCAUCCCAGCCUCAGCAGGCAACAGUCUAGACUGUCUCCAGGACGACAACCCACCACACUGGCUCAAGUCCCUGCAGACGCUCACAGAGAUGGACGGCCCGGCCAGCUCGGCGGUGCCCGCUCCCCCCCAGCCCCACCACAGCGGCCUCCUGGACGCCCACCUCCCCCUCCACCACAGAGCCGCCGGCGGCUGGGCUCCCUACCUGGCCCCUACCACAGCCAAUCCCGCCAGCCAGUUCCACUCCCCUCCCCCCGGUUUCCAGACCGCUUUCAGACCCCCGGGACAGCCUGCCACAGAGCUGCUACAGAGUGCCGCUGUGGACCGCCACUGAACACAGACUACAGCAGACACCCAUCCAUACCCCCUCCCCUCCCACUACCACUUUAUACCCACUCAUCCUGUAACCCCCCCCUUCCUCCCUCCCCUCAAUGCAAUACACACCAAUCUGCAGAGAAUGAAACAUGAUUAACAAAGUAACAAACACGCUUUCUUCUUUUUCCUCUUCCUCCUUCCUUUUGUCUACUCUGAAGGCCCGGUUGUUUUUAUUUGUGGCACACGAGUUAUCGGGAACCUUUUCCUGCUACUUCCAUCGCGACUCAUUAGACCCGUCUGUGUGCGUAACGCCGCUCGCUGCUAACGGAGAGCACGCGAAACGGUAUGGCAUCGAGCGCCCAUCUGUGACACGAGAGUUAACUCCACAAACUGACAAAGAAACAAAUUAGAAAAAGGGAGAAAAAAGUAACUAAUGAUUAAUUAUGAACAACGUUUUGUUUUUGAAAGUUGAAGUCACGAUGCGUUUUCGAGGAAUGAUGCAAGCUGUGAAUCUGCUCUUGAAGCUUUGCCCCAAAGACCCUCAUCCUCCCCACCCUCGUUAACAGGAGACCGUGAAUCGGUGAAACCCUCACAGGCUGCGAGGUGACACACACACACACACAGAAAGAGGUGUUGGCACUUAGCUUUUUUUGGAGUGUUUUUUUUCUAAAAAAAGAAGCUGGGAACUGGUUAAUCAGAGAGUGAAUGAGGGAGAGGAGAGGGGGGGGGGCUCAGGGCUCAGGCUAUGCACGGGGCUCCCGGUUAGGUAGGGACACAGGCGGCCUGCUUCAGAGGCCUCUCGGGCCCACAUUCCAGUCAGAGGAGGGCUCCCGCUGGCCCCGUCCCGCUGGAGGGGAAGUUUUGCUGAACCUCUGUAUCAGAGGAUAGAGCACUGCCUGACCGCGGGGCGCCAGGGCUCCGGGAGAGUGUGGCACACACACACACACAUCCUGAGCACUAGGGUUGGACUCUUACUCACAGUGCCACUGUGUGGUACCUACAGUAGCUAGCCCUGACACGGACAGCCACCAAGUAGAUCGCACGAUGACACGAUGACUGGAUGGAGGAGGGUACGUCAGAAAUGACUAUGGAGGGCAGCGGCAGGGUUAACCGGUCCCUUUGUGCAACCCCAUCGGGGGACUUAAACGAGGCCUUCGCAUGGACGGGUGAGAGAAAGGAGUGAUGGCAGGAGGAGUCUAGCGUCAAUGGUUGCUGGGAAAUAAGCAAUAUUGACUGCGACCGUAUGUGAGCGUAUGUCCCAAAGUAAGGUGCUGCGAGACAAUACCAUGUACUGUAGUAGUGAUUUAAGGAGCUUUCAGCCUUUAGGAUUCGAGAUCAACCUCUCCGACCACCGCCUUUUUUUUCUUUCUUUUAUUAAAGUCUUAAUUCUGAUCCAUAUUCUCUCUCUCUCUCUCUCUCAUCUUCCCCCCCCCCACCCCUCCCCCAACACACACCUCCCCUCCUGCUGUUCCCUAUUUAACAGUAUUUCAAAAAAAUGAACAAACUCAUCCAGGAGAAGCCAACACAGAGUCCUACCGUGGGUUUUAACAUGAUGUUGCGCGGGGGGGAAAGACAAAAACAAAAUUGAGGCGCUUAAAGAAAGUGAACUGUCCUCUGCAGGUCUGAAAAAAUGAACCUUAAAUAAAACUGAAAACUCAGA